AUAUAUCCAACUAUUCUAACAUUUAAGUUGAUUAUUUUAUUGGAUUUUGACAACCAAUAAUGAGUAUAUGUGUACAAAAGAAAUGCAAUAAUGAGUAAACUUAUUCUAGAAGUAGUAUAUAUCAGCUACUAGAACUAGUUAAUGCCUUAUGCUAUAGAGAAUAAAGAGACAAAAAAAAUGAACAAAGAUGCUCUCUCACAAGCUUAAUUCUUCAAGCAAGAAAAAUACAUACACUUUUUAUUUGACAAUUGAAAAAUACAUACACUAUACUUAGUAGCCUAUAAAAUGAACAAUUACAUGACCAAUUUUCUUCACUAGAAACAAUUGAUACUUCAUAUUCAAUGGAGUGGCUUAUUCAAUUCCUUCAUCUCUUCUUCUUUUUAGCUUCUUUUCUUAUCUGUAACACAACAAUUGCAGAUCAAAUUACUAAGCCUUAUGUUGUUUAUAUGGGAAAUUCAUCACCAAAUAAAAUUGGAUUAGAUGAACAAAUACCAGAAUCAGUUCAUUUGGAGUUAAUUUCAUCAAUCAUUCCAAGUGAAGAAAGUGAGAGGAUAGAACUGAUUCACCAUUACAAUCAUGCCUUUAGUGGAUUCUCUGCCAUGCUUACAGAGGCUGAAGCUUCUACAUUGUCUGGCCAUGAUGGUGUGGUGUCAGUGUUCCAAGAUCCAAUACUUGAAUUGCAUACAACGAGGUCUUGGGAUUUCUUAGAUUCAGAUUUGGGAAUGAAACCUCCAGCUGCCACUACUCACCAAACUUCAUCAACUCAUGAUAUAAUCAUUGCUCUCAUUGACACCGGGAUAUGGCCAGAGUCACCAAGUUUCAAAGAUGAUGGUAUAGGAAAGAUUCCUUCAAAAUGGAAAGGAGUUUGCAUGGAGGGACACGAUUUCAAGAAAUCUAAUUGCAACAGGAAAUUGAUAGGUGCAAGAUACUAUAAUACACAAGAUACAUAUGGUAGCAACAAGACUCAUAUUGAAGGAACAAAAGGUUCACCAAGAGAUUCUAUUGGACAUGGAACUCACACUGCAUCAACUGCAGCCGGUGUAUUCGUCAACAAUGCAAGCUAUUUUGGUUUAGGUAAAGGAACAGCUAGAGGUGGUUCACCUUCUACUAGGAUUGCUGCCUAUAAAACAUGUUCAGAAGAUGGUUGUUCAGGUUCAACAAUACUAAAGGCUAUGGAUGAUGCUAUUAAAGAUGGUGUUGAUAUAAUCUCGAUCUCUAUUGGACUUAGUUCGCUGAUGCAAUCAGAUUAUUUGAAUGAUCCAAUAGCUAUUGGAGCAUUUCAUGCGGAACAAAGAGGGGUUAUAGUUGUGUGUUCAGCUGGCAAUGAUGGUCCUGAUCCUUACACUGUUGUGAAUACGGCACCGUGGAUAUUUACAGUUGCAGCUUCUAAUAUUGAUAGGAAUUUUCAGUCAACUAUUGUCCUUGGAAAUGGGAAAAGUUUCCAAGGAACUGGCAUUAACUUCUCAAACCUUACUGUCUCAACGUUGCAUUCUAUUGUAUUUGGAGAGAAUGUAGCUGCCAAAUUCGCGCCAACAUCAGAAGCUAGGAACUGUUAUCCUGGAUCACUAGAUUAUAACAAAGUAGCAGGCAAAAUUGUUAUUUGUGUCGACGAUGAUCCGAAUCUUUCAAGGAAAACCAAGAAGCUAGUUUUACAAGAUGCAAGAGCCAUGGGAAUGAUAUUCGUCAGUAAAGAAAAUAGAGAUGUUUCCUUUGAUGCAGGUGCAUUUCCCUUCACAGAGAUUGGAAAUCUUGAAGGGCACCAAAUCCUUCAGUAUAUAAACUCUACCAAGAAACCAACUGCGACAAUUCUUCCAACAAUAGAAGUUCCUAGAUAUCGGCCGGCACCAAUUGUUGCCUCUUUCUCAUCUAGAGGUCCUUCAAGCCUUACAGAAAACAUUCUCAAGCCUGAUGUCAUGGCUCCAGGAGUUUCCAUUUUAGCCGCCAUUGUUCCCGAAAGUGAUGAACCUGGAAGUGUUCCAGUUGGGAGAAAGCCAUCCUUAUUUGGAAUAAAAUCUGGUACAUCUAUGGCUUGCCCUCAUGUGACAGGUGCUGCAGCAUUCAUCAAAUCGGUACAUGGAAGUUGGAGUCCUUCAAUGAUCAAAUCAGCAUUGAUGACAACAGCUACAACCUACAAUAACAUGAGGAAGCCGGUGACAAAUAGCUCAAACUACAUUUCCAACCCACAUGAAAUGGGAGUUGGAGAAAUUAAUCCACUCAAAGCUCUAAACCCUGGUUUAGUCUUCGAAACCGAUGUUGAAGACCACAUUCGAUUCCUUUGUUAUUACGGCUAUUCAAACAAAACCAUAAGAUCAGUGUCUAAAACCAAUGUAACUUGUCCAAGGACAUCUCAAGAUCUUAUAUCCAACAUCAAUUAUCCAUCAAUCUCUAUACAAACACUUAAAAGAAAUCAAAAAGUAAGAAUAAUCACAAGAACAGUGACCAAUGUAGGAACCUUAAAUGCUACAUAUGUUGCACAAGUGCAUGCCCCUAAAGGAUUGAUUGUCAAGGUCAUUCCCAACAAACUUGUAUUUUCAGAAAGUGUUCAAAAAAUUACCUAUAAAGUCUCAUUCUAUGCUAAGGAAGCUCAUGGUGGAUACAAUUUUGGGUCUCUAACAUGGCUUGAUGGUAGACAUUAUGUUCAUACAGUAUAUGCAGUCAAAGUUGAAUAAUUAUUUUUUGCACACACAUAUAAAUACACACAUAUUCAAAUAGAUUGCUUAAUUAUACAUACAAGAUUGUGUUUUAAUUUUUUAA